CUUCUUCUUCCCUCGUAUCACCAUCGUCAUCAUGUGUAACCAAACCACAACCGCCGAGAAAUCAUCUCCGACCCACAUUUACUUCGAUUCCCCCGAAAAGCAUUGCCGUGGAACUGAUUACCUAUGCUGUUCAAUCUCCGACAUCAUAUCAGAAGCUAAAUCACUUUUCAAUCUGGCCUUCCCCAUAGCUUUAACCGGUCUCAUUUUGUACUCUCGGUCCAUCGUUUCCAUGCUCUUCCUCGGCUAUCUCGGCGAUAUCGAACUCGCAGCCGGCUCAUUAGCGAUAGCCUUUGCUAACAUCACCGGCUACUCGGUUCUUUCCGGCCUUGCUUUGGGUAUGGACCCGCUCUGUUCCCAAGCGUUUGGAGCUCAAAGACAUAAGCUUUUAUCGUUAACCCUUCACCGCUACGUUGUUUUCCUGUUAUUCACUUCCAUUUUUAUAUCUUUUCUUUGGAUAAACAUGUUCAAUAUCAUGGUUUAUCUUCAACAAGAUCAUAAUAUCACCCGCAUCGGCCAAAGGUACUUGCUUUUCUCCCUCCUCGAUCUCUUCACCAACUCUUUCGUUCACCCAAUCCGCAUUUACCUUCGCGCUCAAGGCAUCACCCGCCCAGUCGCUUUAGCAUCCUUCUUCGGCACCUUUCUGCAUUUGCCGAUCAGCUUCGUACUCGUUUCGCAUUUUAACUUCGGCGUCUCCGGCGUUGCGGCUUCGGCUUCCAUAUCCAACUUUUUUGUUCUCAUCUCCUUGGUUGCUUACAUUUGGGUCUCGGGCAUCCACGAGCCGACGUGGGAAAAGCCGAGUUUUGAGUGUUUAACCGGCUGGAAGUCACUGCUGAAGCUGGCCGUGCCGAGCUGCGUUUUGGUUUGUUUGGAGUGGUGGUGGUACGAGAUCAUGAUCGUGAUGUGCGGACUUCUGGUGAACCCCAAGGCGCUGGUGGCUUCAAUGGGGAUACUGAUCCAAACGACGUCGUUGUUAUACGUUUUCCCUUCUUCACUUGGUUUCGCUGUCUCGACUCGCGUCGGGAACGAGCUAGGGGCGAACCGUCCUUACAAAGCGAGAUUAUCGGUGGCGGUGGCGAUGUUUAUAUCGGCCAUAAUGGGUUUAUCUGCUUUGACGUUUGCGACGGCGUUGAGGGAUAAGUGGGCCCUGAUGUUCACAUCUGAUACCCAGAUCUUACGGCUGACAUCCGUUGCACUUCCGAUCCUAGGGCUGUGCGAGCUCGGAAACUGCCCGCAAACGGUGGGAUGUGGGGUCCUCAGGGGGAGUGCACGCCCUUCCACCGCAGCUAAUGUGAACCUCGGUGCGUUUUACUUGGUGGGCAUGCCCGUUGCGGUUGGGUCCGUGUUCUAUAUCGGAAUUGGCUUUUCUGGUCUGUGGUUGGGUCUACUCUCGGCCCAGGUGUGUUGCGCCGGGCUUAUGUUGUAUGUUGUGGAGUCCACUGACUGGGAACAACAAGCUAAGAGGGCCCGGAUGCUGACGUGUAUAGAUAUAAGGCAACCGGAUGAUUUUGAUUGUAAUAAGGGUGAGGUAGAACAGCCGUUGACAUGUUCUGCUUAA